CCCAUUCGUAUUAUUUUGGUCCACAUUACUUUUAAUUAUAUUUCUAAAAAGAAUAAUUAAUUUGUAUAAAACCUAAACCAUGGUUUCCUCUUUUAACCUUUUCCUACCUCUCACUCUCUCUCGCUCCGGUUGUUUGUUGUGUAGGCGAUAGGCGUGUUCUUCCGGCAACUUCACGCAGCCGUUUCCCAUCAAGAGUAUAAUUGAAUUGGAGUAGCCAAGGGAGAUGGUGAUUCCUCCUCCAAUCAAGCCACCAAGAUUAACCCAGUAUCUAAAGCCAUAUGUCUUGAAGAUGCACUUCACAAACAAGUUUGUGAGUGCCCAGGUGAUCCACUCUGAAACAGCCAUUGUUGCUUCAGCUGCAAGCUCACAAGAGAAGGCAUUGCAGUCGAGUAUGGAGUCGACAAGGGAUGUUGCUGCUGCUGCAAAGAUUGGAAAAUUGUUGGGAGAGAGGCUUUUGCUUAAGGGAAUCCCAGCUGUUUGUGUGCACUUGAAAAGGGAACAGAGAUAUCAUGGUAAGGUCAAAGCUGUUAUUGAUUCUGUGAGGGAAGCAGGUAUUAAGCUGCUUUGACCCUUUUUUUCUUUUUCCAAUUUGCUUCAUUUUGGCCCUCCUUGGAAAUAGUUAUCUGGUUUAAUUGUUGGGCUUCAUCAAUCAAUGCUUAAUAUUAUCUGAAUUUGUAAUGAAAUGUGAUGAGAUGCAUUGUUGGACUUUUUGUCUGUCUUUAUGGUCGUUUAUAAAUGAGUUUGAGAUGAAUAUGAACAGUGAGCAGUGUUUUUAGUUUAAGAAAAAUUAUAAAACUUAAACUUGAGUUAUUUCCAGCUGAA